AUUGAGGACCCCUAAGAGUUUUUGUUUAUGUGAGUUUUAUUUAUUUACAUUUACCACACUUGAGAGUCAAAUUGAGGAAUUAAAGAAAGUAUUGAAUUUGCCCGCGGGUGUGUGAAGAGAAACAAUCAGUGUGGAGGCCUCAGGGGACUCGCCAGGAUGAGCAGCACCUUAGCUAAAAUCGGGAGAUAGAAGCUGAGAUGGCUCGGACUCAAAAGAACAAGGCCACAGCACACCACCUAGGGCUGCUUAAGGCUCGUCUUGCUAAGCUUCGUCGAGAACUCAUUACUCCAAAGGGGGGUGGUGGUGGAGGUCCACGAGAAGGUUUUGAUGUGGCCAAGACAGGUGAUGCUCGAAUUGGAUUUGUUGGUUUUCCAUCUGUGGGGAAGUCAACACUGCUUAGUAACCUGGCAGGGGUGUAUUCUGAGGUAGCAGCCUAUGAAUUCACUACUCUGACCACCGUGCCUGGUGUCAUCAGAUACAAAGGUGCCAAGAUCCAGCUCCUGGAUCUCCCAGGUAUCAUUGAAGGUGCCAAGGAUGGGAAAGGUAGAGGUCGUCAAGUCAUUGCAGUGGCCCGAGCCUGUAACUUGAUCCUGAUUGUUUUGGGUGUCCUGAAACCCUUGGGACAUAAGAAGAUAAUUGAAAAUGAACUGGAAGGCUUUGGCAUUCGCUUGAACAGCAAACCCCUCAACAUUGGCUUUAAGAAGAAGUAUAAGGGAGGCAUUAACCUCACAGCCACUUGCCCCCAGAGUGAGCUGGAUGCUGAAACUGUGAAAAGCAUUCUGGCCAAAUACAAGAUUCAUAAUGCCGACGUGACUCUACGUAGUGAUGCUACAGCUGAUGACCUCAUUGAUGUGGUGGAAGGAAACAGAGUUUAUAUCCCCUGUAUCUAUGUGUUAAAUAAGAUUGACCAAAUCUCCAUUGAGGAAUUGGAUAUCAUCUAUAAGGUGCCUCACUGUGUACCCAUCUCUGCCCAUCACCGUUGGAAUUUUGAUGACCUACUGGAAAAGAUCUGGGACUAUCUGAAACUAGUGAGAAUUUAUACCAAACCCAAAGACCAGUUACCAGAUUACACAUCCCCAGUGGUGCUUCCUUACUCCAGGACCACAGUGGAGGAUUUCUGCAUGAAGAUGCAUAAAAAUCUUAUCAAAUAAUUUAAAUAUGC